AUGUUCUGGGAUCCUCCGCCAAAUCGGCAAGGUCAUGGUCGACGAUUGCAGGAUGAUGUGUCAUGGACGGCACCGGCGAUCGUGGUUGGUGUAGAGAGAAAGGAGGGCGUGAUAAAGAGAGUUUGGCUUCGCUAUCGCAAUAAGCUAACAGUGCCAGUGGCUGUGGUGGAGGAAAUGCAGGCAGCUGACAUCGCCCGGGAGGCCUUGCAGCUUGUGGAAAAGGAGCUGACUGACGGGCAGCGGGCACCAUGUGAGAAGGGCCCGCAGUUUCCUGCGUGGGCUCUUUCUUCAGAAGGCGAACCCAACGAGCCCGGUGCACCCAGCGGACAUCAACAACCAUCGCGGCCCUGA